GCUGCAUUAGCCCGAUUUCCGUCGGUAUGAGCUGCCAACGCUUUCUCGGUAUAAGAUGCCAGCGCAUGGUCGGUAUAGACUGCUAUAGUGCGAUAAUCGGGCUAGAUUGAGGUGGAUCCAUUAACAACCCAUCCCAGCUGACGAUGAAUGUCGAUAAGCAGAUGAACAGCCCAACGGUUCUCGGCAAGCAUCUCUUUUAAAUAUUUUUCGGGACUAGCUAGGAUUUGAUACCCACUAUCUAGUGUCCCCUCAAGAUGGAUUUUGGUGUCGUUGAGCUUGUUCGUCUCACAGGGACCUAGCGUUGAAGAACCACGGUGUCGUUGGCUGUCGAAAAUCGGCGGUCCUCUUCAAAUGACGGCUAUAAGUAGAUAGAUCCUGUUGCGAAAUGGUUCUGUUCAUUCCAGCAUUUCAACAUUAUCUUAAACUCUUCACAUCUCUUACUCCAAGUCCAUCGCCGAGAUGGACUCCAACUCAGUUUUGGUGGAACACCCCGCGUCCGGCAUCGUCAGGAUUAUUUUGAACCGACCCAAGGCCUUGAAUGCACUCAAUGUCGAUCUCCUCGACAGCCUUGUCCGAGCUCUUCGCGAGAAUGCCCAAGCCCGCAUCAUCGUACUUGAAGGUGCUGGAGAACGCUCGUUCUGCGCCGGCGAGGACCUGAAGCAGACACUCGCUCCGGUCACAGGAACGCCGCAAGAGCUGCGAGAGGCGUUCCACAAACUGCAAGACCUCACCCGCCUCACCUCUUCCUCACAGGCUGUGGUGAUCGCUGUCGUUCAGGGAUUUGCCAUCGGAGGUGGUGCGGAACUGGCACUGGCUGCUGAUUUUGUCAUCGGCGGACCUGCUGCCAAGUUUCGCUUCCCUGAGGUUCCCAUCGGCCAUGCAGCCACGGGCGGCAUUACUCUACGCCUGACCCAUUUAGUUGGGUUGUUAAAGGCAAAGGAUCUGCUCCUGACUGGUCGUUGGAUUGAGUCUUCUGAGGCGCUCAAAAUCGGCCUGCUUAGCGAGAUCAGCGAGGACCCAAAGCGUCGCGCUUUAGAGCUGGCGGUAGAGAUGGCCAAACUCCCUGCGAUUUCGCUGGCGUCUUCUAAAACCUCUCUGGAGCGAGCUGUAUUCACCAACAUGGAAGCUUGCUUGCAGGACGAAAUCAACGUCGCAAGCUACUGUUUCGCCCAGAGCGACGCCACCAAGGCCUUCAGCGACUUUGCUGCUCGGAAAACUCGCCAAUCUGGGAAAAAUACUGGAAAACCUCCCGUUAGGGACAUCAACGCAGCUCUCAAGCGGGUUGUAGACAGCUUCCCCGACAGAACGUUCCUCCGCUUCGGUGGCAGAGAUAUUACUUUUGGCGAGUUUGAUGUGGCAAUGAGAAAGCUUGCUGGAGGAUUGAAGCGGGCCGGCAUCCAACCAGGCGACAGAGUGCUGGUGAUGAUGGCAAACAGCGUCGAAAUGGUGUAUUCCUGGAUGGCCACCAAUCAACUGGGUGCUGUGUGGGUUCCAGUCAAUACGGAGCUGAAAUCUGUCACUCUGAAGCAUGUCAUCCAAGCUGCUCAGCCAAAACUCGCCAUUGUUGAUGUUGCACUUUGGCCGGAGCUCAAGUCAUUGAACGUGUUGGAGGACAGCUCUGUUUACGUCCAUGGUCAAUGCGAUGGACUUGCGGCCAACUUCUCGACUCUACUACAGUCAAGCAUUGCGGUUGGUGAUUCUGCCAAAGUAACACCAGCUACUACUUCUGCAUUCCUCUAUACAAGCGGCACCACAGGAAGGUCAAAGCCUUGUGUGCUCUCCCACGAGUACUUUAUCCUCCAGGCACAGGCGCUUAUAGAGAGCUGCGGACUGCGAGCCGACGACGUUCUUUUCUGCUCAUUCCCUCUUUUCCACGCGGAUGCCACCGCACUUACAAUCAUCCCGGCCAUCCUUCUUGGUGCUGUCGCGGCUCUGUCUGUCCGCUUCACUGCUACCAGAUUUUGGGAUGAGAUCCGUGCCGCCAAGGCCACAGUUUACGACUUCAUGGGUGCCACUUUGGCGUUGACGUACAAGCAGCCGCCCAGCGACCGCGACCGCGACCAUAGUGUGCGUCUAGCCUGGGGAGUUCCUAUCCCCCAGUUCGGCGAAGCAUAUGAAGAACGAUUUGGCCACCCGCUUACCACUCUGUACGGAAGCGUCGAAGCCAGCCUUCCCAUCAUCCAGGAUCGUAGCCGCAAACUCCCAGUUGGCUCUUGCGGAAGGCUUAGGGAAGGCCACCAGCUUCGCAUCGCUAAUGACAUGGAUGAAGAGCUGCCUCCAAACACUCCAGGUCACCUGCUUUUGAGGAGCGAUGUGCCAAACGCCUUCUUUCAGGGAUAUUUCAAUGACCCGGAGAAUACGGCAGCUGCGUCCCGUGGUCUAUGGCUUCACACAGGAGACAUUGCCAAAGUUGACGACGAGGGGAAUGUCUACUUUAUAGGCCGAGUCAAAGACGUAGUGCGCCGGCGUGGUGAGAACGUCAACGCGGCUGAAGUAGAAGAAGAGUUCCUGCAGCACCCAGAGGUAGUCAUCGCGGCCGCAUAUGGCGUGCCGUCACAGCUGGGGUCUGGAACGGAAGAGGAUGUCAAGGUCGCAGUGCAGAUGCGGGCGGGCAGCACCAUUGACGAGAAAGGGCUUUGGGAGUGGGCGGUGCAACACAUGGCGAGGUUUCAGGUGCCAAGCGUCAUAGAGUUUGUCGAUGAAAUAAAGAAGACGCCAACGGGAAAGAUGGAGAAGGGUGGGUUGAAGACGGAGGGAGGUCAGCGAUUUGACAUCCGGGAUUUGAAGAAGGUAGCAUGA